AUGCUUUGCCUAGUGCUCUUCGCGCUGUGUCUGAGCCGCUCAGACAUGGCCGCCUUCAGUUCAAUCGCUGAAAACGAGGAUGCACUCCUCAAGCACUUAUUUCAAGGCUAUCAGAAAUGGGUCCGCCCCGUGGAAAACUCCAAUGACACUAUCAAAGUCCUUUUUGGAUUAAAGAUAUCACAGCUUGUGGAUGUGGAUGAGAAGAAUCAGCUGAUGACAACCAACGUGUGGCUGAAGCAGGAAUGGAUCGACCACAAGCUCUCCUGGAAUCCUGAGGAAUACGGAGGGAUCACUGCCAUCCGUGUCCCGUCUGAGUCCCUGUGGCUUCCUGACAUUGUUUUAUUUGAAAAUGCUGAUGGACGUUUUGAAGGAUCCCUGAUGACCAAAGUCAUAGUGAAGUACAAUGGAGUGGUGACCUGGACGCCACCAGCCAGUUAUAAGAGCUCCUGCACGAUGGAUGUGACCUUCUUCCCCUUCGACAGGCAGAACUGCUCCAUGAAAUUUGGAUCGUGGACAUAUGAUGGCAGUAUGGUGGACUUGAUUUUAGUGGAUGAAAACGUAGACAGGAAAGACUUCUUUGAUAAUGGGGAGUGGGAGAUCUUAAAUGCCAAAGGGAUGAAAGGCAACAGGAAGGAUGGGCUGUACUCUUACCCAUUUGUCACUUACUCGUUUGUGUUGAGACGCCUUCCGCUGUUUUACACUCUUUUCUUAAUAAUCCCUUGCCUGGGAUUGUCUUUUCUAACUGUCCUGGUGUUUUACCUGCCUUCAGAUGAAGGAGAAAAGCUUUCAUUGUCUACAUCAGUUCUAGUCUCCCUCACUGUCUUCCUUUUAGUGAUUGAGGAAAUAAUCCCUUCUUCUUCCAAAGUCAUCCCUCUGAUCGGUGAGUAUCUGCUGUUCAUCAUGAUUUUUGUGACCCUCUCUAUCAUCGUGACUGUGUUUGUUAUCAACGUCCACCACCGCUCCUCAGCAACUUACCAUCCCAUGGCUCCCUGGGUUAAAAGACUCUUCCUCCAGAAGUUGCCUCGGCUGCUCUGCAUGAAGGGCCACGUAGAUCGCUACUCCUUCUCAGAGACUGAAGAAAAGGAAACCACCUUGAAAUCAAAGCUCCCAGGGAAGCAAGCAAAAGAUGGAGAGAAGCUUGUUAUUGCCUUUCUGGAAAAGGCAGCUGACUCCAUUCGAUACAUUUCCAGGCAUGUUAAAAAGGAGCAUUUCAUCAGACAGGUUGUCCAAGACUGGAAAUUUGUAGCUCAAGUCCUGGAUCGGAUCUUUCUGUGGUUAUUUCUGGUGGUGUCAGUGAUGGGUUCAGUUCUCAUCUUUACCCCUGCAUUACAGAUGUGGCUGAAUAGCACUUUGUAG